CGCUGGCUGUCUGACUCCGUCUGCAGGGCUGUAAUACCUACUCUCCUCUCUCCGAUCCAUUCACCACACAACUUCGCCGCUGAACAGACUCGCUGGGCUCGGCAGAUCUUGCUAACCCAAUUCAGAAAGCAAGCGCCACAGCACUCUGCCUGCCUCCUUUGCUCAGCAUACCCUUUUCAGGUGAUCUAGAAGACGGCUGUUUUUAUGAGCAAAUCAGAAAAACGGGAAUCAUGAUGGGAAUGUAUUUAGCAGAUCCGGUCCUGGAUAAAACUUAAAGCCAGUUCCUCUUCAACAUAGUGAAAAGGUCACCUUGCCUCUCUGAGAAAAGCAGCAAAAUACCAGCUUGUCGGUUUCUGUUAACAUCCUAGCUCUGGCUAGCCUCUUUGCCUAGAUGUUCGAGCAAAUUUGGGAUAUCUAGCUCUAAAGAGAGACAUCCUGUACUCAUGGUAGAUGAUAAAGAAAAGAACAUGAAAUGUCUCACCUUCUUCUUGAUGCUUCCAGAGACAGUAAAGAACAGGUCCAAGAAAGGUUCAAAGAAAGCAAACAGCGGCGGCGGCGGCGGCGGCGGCAGCAGCAGCAGCAGCAGCAGCGGCAGCGGCAGUAAGUUGCCCCCAGUUUGUUAUGAAAUAAUUACCUUGAAGACUAAAAAGAAGAAAAAGAUGGCUGCUGAUAUAUUCCCCCGCAAGAAACCAGCCAGCUCCAGCAGCACCACUGUCCAGCAGCACCACCAGCACAAUCUCUGUAACAACAACCUCAUCCCGGCCCCUAACUGGCAGGGUCUUUAUCCCACCAUCAGAGAAAGAAAUGCAGUGAUGUUCAAUAAUGACUUGAUGGCAGAUGUCCAUUUUGUGGUUGGGCCACCAGGUGGGACUCAGCGGUUGCCAGGACACAAAUACGUCUUAGCUGUUGGGAGCUCAGUGUUCCAUGCAAUGUUUUAUGGAGAACUUGCUGAGGACAAAGAUGAAAUCCGAAUACCAGACGUCGAACCUGCUGCUUUUCUCGCCAUGCUGAAAUACAUCUAUUGUGAUGAAAUUGACUUGGCUGCGGACACAGUGCUGGCCACGCUGUAUGCUGCCAAAAAGUACAUAGUUCCUCACCUUGCCAGAGCCUGUGUCAAUUUCCUGGAGACCAGCCUGAGCGCCAAGAAUGCCUGUGUGCUCCUGUCUCAGAGCUGCCUGUUUGAGGAGCCAGACCUCACACAGCGUUGCUGGGAGGUGAUUGAUGCUCAAGCCGAGCUAGCACUCAAGUCCGAGGGAUUCUGCGACAUCGACUUCCAGACGCUCGAAAGUAUCCUACGCAGGGAAACGCUGAAUGCCAAAGAAAUAGUGGUUUUUGAGGCAGCCCUGAACUGGGCUGAAGUAGAAUGCCAGCGGCAAGAUCUGGCCUUGAGCAUUGAAAAUAAGCGCAAGGUCCUAGGAAAGGCCCUGUACUUGAUCCGCAUCCCCACCAUGGCCCUGGAUGACUUUGCAAAUGGUGCUGCGCAGUCUGGGGUAUUAACUCUCAACGAGACUAAUGACAUCUUCCUCUGGUACACUGCGUCCAAAAAACCAGAACUGCAGUUUGUGAGUAAAGCCCGGAAGGGCCUAGUCCCCCAGCGCUGUCACCGGUUCCAGUCAUGUGCCUAUCGGAGCAACCAGUGGCGCUAUCGGGGUCGCUGUGACAGCAUCCAAUUUGCAGUUGAUAAGAGGGUGUUCAUCGCAGGCUUUGGGCUGUAUGGCUCCAGCUGUGGCUCUGCAGAGUACAGUGCCAAGAUUGAACUCAAACGGCAGGGCGUUGUCCUGGGCCAGAACUUGAGCAAGUACUUCUCAGAUGGAUCCAGCAAUACCUUCCCUGUGUGGUUUGAAUAUCCGGUGCAGAUUGAGCCAGACACCUUCUAUACAGCCAGUGUGGUGCUGGAUGGCAAUGAACUCAGCUACUUUGGACAAGAAGGCAUGACCGAAGUUCAGUGUGGCAAGGUGACUGUCCAGUUUCAGUGCUCCUCAGAUAGCACCAAUGGGACUGGGGUACAGGGAGGGCAGAUCCCAGAACUCAUAUUCUAUGCUUGAACCUUCCUUUGCUUACGCAUCAUGAGGCACCCACAUGGGCCGUCCUUGCCUGACGCUUAGCUCGUCUCCAGAUACGUGGUCAGCACAGGUAAUUUGUACUGAAUGAAGCAGUAGGCAGUUUCUAAUGUCUUUGAACCUUUUAAUUAUGUACAGGCUAAAAUGCAACAUUCCGCUUUUAACUAUAUGCUUAGAAGAGCCAAGUUCUUACUCAGGCUUUGUGGUUUUAGAGUUGCGUCUGUAUGCCUAGGGAGAUCAUGUGCUUUUCCAAGUGCCCACCAACCUCCCACUUUUGUACCUCUGAAGAAGAUUUUGAAUCGACUUGAAUUUCCUUUGAUGAAUGGAAGUAUGUAUCCUAAAGUAAUAUCAAGUUAUUUUUAAAUGGAACCCCUCCUUUCCUCUCAAAAUAAAUGAAAACAAAAAACAGGUGAACCUCAGUGUACAAUUUUGAAAGAAUAUUUGCUUUGUAAAAAGUAAACUUAGAAAGUGAACAGUAGGCCAGUCAUCAUGCUUGACUCUCUUCUUUUACAUUGUUGCUUCUGGGCCUUAUUUUUAUAUUCUUUGUAUCUUAAGUUCAUAUCUGUGUUUCUUACUAAACAAUUCACACUGUGGUGUAAGGAAUUGGAUGUUCAUUUAGGCCACGACUCUGCUAUAAAGCAGACUUACGUUCUUUCAGUUUAGAAGACAAGAUACCAGAGUGCAGAUACUUCUUUCAGAAUUGGUGAAGUUAGAAAAUUUUAUUGUCAAUAAAAAGAAGUUGCAAACCUGCUAAUAAUACUACAACAGGUAAAAGGGAAGCCUGAAAAUGUCCUAUACAAUGAAUCGUUCAAUUUAUCAGUGAGAAGUAUACACAAUUUGGAAAAGCCACUCUUACCUGGUAGUUUUGGGCAACCCCCCAACUCACUCACUCUCUCUGUGUCUCUCUGUGUCUCUGUCUGUCUCUCUCUCU